UCUCUCUCCUCCCCUGUAGCUCUCCCUUUGCGUUUGUGCAUGUGUGUCUGCAUGUGAGUCAGCUGUAUCCUCAGCACCUGGGACAUUACCUCCGGUCUCCACAGGGGAAGCUGCAUCGCUGACACUGCUUAUUGAUCAGGGCUUCAAGCCAGAUUUUGCAGGUGUAAGAGAGGAGAGGGAGGUCAACAUGGGCUCCAGCUCCUCCUCCUACGCCCCGAAAGCCAUUUACCUGGAUGUCGAUGGGAAAGUGCAAAAGGUGGUGUUCAGUCGGCACUGCAGCCCGUGUGACAUCAAGGAACUUCUGUGUUCCUCAUCUAACAUUCCCAGGAACACUGCCAUCAUGAUGGUGGACCCAGAAGGAGCCUUGGUCUCAAUAGAUCCCACCAUGCCCACCAACUCUCCAAACUUUCUGUACAAAGUUGUCCCUCUGUCUACUGGUCAACUUGGAGAGAAGGAGGACAUGUUUCAGAAUGUGUUGUCCCAGGUGGCUGAUCAGUUCAGCAGAGCCUUUCGCAUCAACGAGCUGAAGACUGAGGUCACCAACAGGCUAGCAAUGCUGGAGAAGAGAGUGGAACUGGAGGGCUUGAAGGUUGUGGAGAUCGAGAAGUGUAAAAAUGAUCUGAAAAAGCUACGAGAUGAGAUGACUUCGAGAAGUGGUGGCAGAGUAAACUGUCCGUGCAAAUACAACUUUGACGAUGGGAAGAAAGUCACUCCUCGACGAGAUGUCCCCAAUUACCCAAAGUACACACUGUCUCAGGAGACUGUUGAGGCACUCAAGAAGCCAACAUUUGAUGUCUGGCACUGGGAACAUAACGAGAUGCUAAGUUGUUUGGAGUAUAUGUACCAUGACUUGGGACUGGUGAAGGAAUUCAACAUGAACCCUAUCACACUCAAACGCUGGCUGUUGGCGAUUCAGGAGAACUACCGUAACAACCCUUUCCACAAUUUUCGCCACUGCUUCUGUGUUAGUCAGAUGAUGUAUGGGAUGAUUCACCUCUGCAACCUACAGGAGAAGCUGACUCUCACAGAUAUGGGCAUUCUCAUGACAGCUGCAGUGUGUCAUGACCUGGACCACCCUGGCUACAACAACACGUACCAAAUCAACGCCCGCACAGAGCUGGCGGUGCGCUACAACGACAUCUCACCGCUGGAGAACCAUCACUGCGCUGUGGCCUUCCAGAUCCUUUCUCUUCCCGAGUGCAAUAUUUUUGCGAAUGUGGAUCCUGAGGCCUUCAAACAGAUCCGACAGGCAAUCAUCACACUCAUUCUGGCCACCGACAUGGCGAGACACGGGGAGAUACUAGACUCCUUUAAGCAAAAAGUGGACAACUUUGACUUCACCAACGAAGAGCAUGUGACAUGUCUGAAGAUGGUUUUGAUUAAGUGCUGUGACAUUUCCAACGAAGUGAGGCCAACUGAGGUAGCUGAGCCCUGGGUGGACUGCCUGCUGGAGGAGUACUUCAUGCAGAGUGACAGAGAGAAGUCUGAGGGUCUCCCUGUGGCUCCCUUCAUGGACAGAGAUAAAGUCACCAAACCCACCGCUCAGAUCGGAUUCAUCAAGUUUGUCCUCAUUCCAAUGUUUGAGACUGUCAUGAAGCUUUUCCCUCAGAUUGAGGAGAUCAUGGUUCAACCUCUGAGAGACUCUCGUGACCACUAUGAGGAGCUGAAACAGAUUGAUGAUGCCAUGACAGAGGCACAGAAGAAAAAAACUGAAAAUAUGUCAUUAGGCGGGAAGAAGAAGUAAGCUCUGCAGUGAGUGAGUGCAGUGGUAUCUGUGGGUCUUCUUUUGUGAUCAAACUCAGGAAAGACUUUUAAACGUGUGAGUGAGGCCUCGGUGAAGAUAUUCUGUACUGCGCUGGAAUGAUGACAGACGGAUCAGGAUAAGAGGGGAAAGAAAAGAGACUGCUUGGCUACAUACUGAACUAAACUUAGGCGUCAUGUCUUGAACUUUGACUUAGACUUUUGAACUGGAUGUUACAGAGAGGGACCCGCUGACCUCUCUGUAUAUAUAUGGUGUUUAUGUUAUUCUCUUAUUUGAUAGUGCCUCAAGACAUAGAAGGACCACUUUCUAAUUAUAAAAUACAAAAUGGCUGCAAAAUAGACAGCCAUUUUUCCCCAAUAUUUUUCCAGUAGAAGAAUAAAAUGCACCAAAGUGAGAGGUUUUCACCUCACUGUGGCAAUACAUUUUGGACAUGUCGCACUGAGUGCUUGCCAGGGAUAAUAUAAUAAUAAUGCGGCAUCACACCUUGACAUUUUUGUUCACACACAUGAUGAGCUGUAAAAUAAAGACACACAUGGGCAUAUGUUGUCCAAGGUUGCUUUUAAAGGGAUUAUACCAUCUAAAAAGUGUUCAGUGCAUGUACAAAAACAUUUGCAAAUUGCAAACUGUGAAAUGAGAUACUGUGAGUCUUUACAUUGUAAGUCAGAUUUUAAGUGUUGACCAAGGUUUGUUAGAGAAGGUAAAAAUGCAUAAAGAAGCGUUAUAGGAACUGAACAAUGAUUUUAAAAAAUGAAGGUAUCUGUUCAAAGACGGAAAUUAUAAAACAACUAAUGAACAUAAAUCAGACCCUCAUUUGUGCAUUGUAUACUUUCAUAUAUGACUUGUUAUAUAUAACUGUAGAUAUACACUACAUUACCUUUCUGACCUUGGAAAUAAUGGCUUCGAAGUCAGUUGUCAUGGGGAUAUAUCUGUUUCCAAGCAAGCCCAGGAGCUGCAGGCUUGACUCCAAUGAAACUGCAUUGUUAAUUACUUUCCCAGUUAUUUCCCCCCAGAUUGGAUGAAGUGGAUGGAUGGGUCAAACACACAUGGGACUUUCAUCUUUGAGAUUCUUCUCCGUGACCCGUGUGAAACCAAAAGUCAACAUUGACUUUUUUUAGUUACUCAUUACAAACAUUUUUUUAAACGUAACCAAGUUGUUUUGUUGCCAAAAACCUAACCAAGCUGUGACUGUUUCACAAUAUUAACCAAGUUAAUGAGUCUCUCCUGGUCUCCCCUCGAAAAUCUCAAAAUAAGCCCUUUGUACAGACAGCAAAAUAUGACUCACAUUUACGUUUUCUCUUUCAUUCAUUCAUUAUCCUUAACUGCUUAUCAGCACUUGGGUCGCGGGGGGCUGGAGACGAUCCCAACUGACAUUGGGCAAGAGGCAGGGUACAACCUGGACAGGUCGCCAGACUAUUGCACUACUACUUUUCUUCUUACGUUAUUUACA